UGGGGAGGUUGGUGGCCCUGCAUGUGGCAGGGGGGUUGGAGAUUCACAAUCCCUGAUGUCCCUUCCAACCUGGGCUGUUCUGUGACUUGUCCUAAUUAAUGCUUUGUUUUUCUUUCUGGGUGGGAAAGGUGUGCCCGUACACCUGCAUAGGAAUCUGAAAGUCUUCCCCACAAACAUAUGCCAAUAGGAACUGCUGGAUUUGAAUGGACUUGGGAGGGAGGGAAGAUGAGAGAAGGAAGGACUCUGCACACUGUGGAAACUGAUUAAUAGGCAUGUGGAAAAGCGUCGGUGUUUGCUUACUAAUGAAGUGUGCAGGGAACCUCCCCACACUACAGGAAGCAUUAGGGAGGAGGCUGCAGCAGUGCCCAGAGAUCUGAGGGGAGCCCAGAGUGCUGGCUGUGGGGAGAGCAGCAGGAGCAUCACAUGUGCUGCUGAGGGGGCUGCAGCAAGUUGGUGUGGCUCUGAUCGCUGUGGAGGAGCCCGAGGUGAUGCAUGAAGAGGAACUGAUGGUAAACUCCGCUGUUGCCAAGUCAGAUGACUUGAGCACUCCUGAGGAUAGCAGGACAGCAGGCUGCUAAAGAAUGAGAUGAGUCACACAGGCAGGGGAGAACAAGAGCAACUGGUUGACGGAAAGGAGGGCACGUUGUGAAACAGGGUACUGGUAGAAGUGCUGUUGGAUGACAGGACAGCCCACCUGAGGAGCUGCUGGAGACUGGAGCACCAAACUACUGCUGCCAGAAGGCCCCACCAGCCAGACACGAUGUACUGCCUUCAGUGGUUGCUGCCUGUCCUGCUCAUCCCCAAGCCCCUUAACCCAGCCUUGUGGUUCAGUCACUCAAUGUUCAUGGGCUUCUACCUGCUCAGUUUCCUCCUGGAACGGAAACCUUGCACAAUUUGUGCCUUGGUCUUCCUGGCAGCUCUGUUCCUCAUCUGCUAUAGCUGCUGGGGGAACUGUUUCUUGUAUCACUGCACAGGAUCCCAGUUGCCAGAAUCAGCUCACGAUCCCAGUAUAGUGGGCACCUAGAAAACUAUUAUCUUCCAGUUUGCUGACAGCUCUGGUUUUGCUUUUAAUUGGGGGGGGAGGGUCUAGGGAACAGGGCAGGGGUGUGUUAGGCAUGUGAUUGAAGUAAAAACAGCCUAUUUCCUGUAAUGUAUGUGUGGACUAGAGUGGUAAAUUCCUGACCAGCCCUCCCACUCUGCCUGUGAAAUUUGACUUGUUUACUGUGUGAACUCUUGCAGCGCCACCUGCUUUUUUAGAAGCAGAAAUCUUUUUUCCUUCCCAUAUCACUGGGAAUGGACACCAGCCCUUCUACCUGAGAACUGGUGGAGGAAAGAGCUGUUGGCCUCUGUCUGACUGUUGCAUGGUGGUGGAGUUGUGUGUCACUCUCUUGUUGGCCAUGGUGAUCUAACACUGAUUCUGCUCUAGUAGCUCCAGGAUCCUCUCCAUCCUUCAGUUUGUGGGGAGCCAGCCUUCCUACCUUACUGAUCAAGGGACAGUUCAACAACUCACAGAUGCACUUGGCCAAAAGCUGCUGGAGCCAGAGGCAGUUGAGUCAUCUCCUCCUGCUCAGCCUGCCAAAGAGAUGUGUGCACUGCCCAAGUGCUUUCUGAACUACUAAUGCUCCAAGAUCAUAGCCUGAAAGCCUCAGUUACGCUGCUGCUUUUAUAAAGCCUCACAGGCAGCAGAGACUGCCUCUUCCCCUGCUAGAUUUCCAGGGUUUACCAAAUUAUUGACUGCAACAAGAUGUGGGAUUUUUCAGAAUCUCUAUGAACCUCACCUGAGAAAACUAAACUGGCCCAAAAGUCUGGGUGUGAGCAGAGCAAGAGAAGAUCCUGAGGUAGAGGCAUGGCCUGAAGCCAUUGAUGCCAUCAGUGGACAAAUGAUUUUCAAUGACUGUUCUCAGGCGGAUGGUGACAGAAAGCGCUGAUGCUAUGGCUUGGUGAUGGAGGCACUGGGUACUCCUCUGACCUCACCCUGGCUCCUCUGGGUGGUGGUGGGUGUUUGCACGCAGGCACUGUUGUGCAGAGCUUUGCCCUGUGCAGUACUCUCCAUUGAAGUGGCUCUUGGGGAGCCUUCCCUGGGGCAGCAGCUUGCAUAUGAGAAACUAAAGUCAACACAAAGUACUGACUACACUGUCUGAGAGUUCCCUCAAUUACCAUCUGCUCAUCUUCAAUCUCAAAGGGGAGUGCAGCAGAAGUGGCUGCUGCUGUCCCAAGGAAGUUCAGGCUAUGAAAUUGUGAAACUUCCAGAAUAUUGUUUGUUCAUUGCACAGCUGUUCAAAAAUGUUUAAUAAAGCUUUAUAAACUUUGGUC